UGCCCCUGGCACCAUGCACACUCACACACACACUCCACCCUCCUCCAGCUCCACCGCCCCACCAUGGCCGCCUCCACCCUGUCCGUCUGCUCCAGCGACCUCAGCUAUGGCAGCCGGGUCUGCCAGCCCGGUGCCUGGGACUCCUGCCCUGACUCCUCCUGGCAGGUGGACGACGGCCCAGAGAGCUGCUGCGAGCCCCCCUGCUGUGCCCCCAGCUGCUGCGCCCCACCCCCCUGCCUGAGCCUCGUCUGCACCCCCGCCAGCUGUGUGUGCAGCCCCUGCCAGGCAGCCUGCACCAGCUCCUGCACGCCCUCGUGCUGCCAGCAGUCUAGCUGCCAGCCCUCAUGCUGCGCCUCCUUCCCCUGCCAGCAGGCCUGCUGCGUGCCCGUCUGCUGCACCCCCGUCUGCUGCAAGCCCGUGUGCUGUGUGCCUGUCUGCUCUGGGCCCUCCCUCUGCUCAGACUCCUCGUGUUGCCAGCAGUCUAGCCGCCGGCCCUCCUGCUGCGCCUCCUCCCCCUGCCAGCAGGCCUGCUGCGUGCCCGUCUGCUGCACCCCCAUCUGCUGCAAGCCCGUGUGCUGUGUGCCUGUCUGCUCUGGGCCCUCCCUCUGCUCAGACUCCUCAUGUUGCCAGCAGUCUAGCUGCCAGCCCUCAUGCUGUGCCUCCUCCCCCUGCCAGCAGGCCUGCUGUGUUCCCGUCUCCUGCACACCGGUCUGCUCUGGGGCCGGCCCCUGCCCAGCCCCCUCGUGCUGCCAGCCCAGCCCCUGCCCCCCACCUGUCCCCUCUUGCACCCCUUGCUGCUGCUGA